CCCUCCAUAUCAUGUGAUUCAGGUGCUCCAAUCCCAUCCAUAUCAUGUGAUUCAGGUGUUCCAAUCCCCUCCGUAUCAUGUGAUUCAGGUGUUCCAAUCCCCUCUGUAUCAUGUGAUUCAGGCGCUCCAAUCCCCUCCAUAUCAUGUGAUUCAGGAGUCCCAAUACCCGCCCCAUAUCAAGUGAUUCAGGUGCUCCAAUCCCCUCCAUAUCAUGAGAUUCAGGUGUUCCAAUCCCCUCCAUAUCAUGUGAUUCAGGUGCUCCAAUCCCCUCCCAAUCACAUGAUUCGGGUGUUCCAGUCCCCUCCAUAUCACGUGAUUCGGGUGCUCCAUUCC